AGUGCAAAGAAGUUGGGUUUGUGGGGUGUAUCGCUCCGUAGAUAACAGAGCAAACGGGUGGUUUGGUUAUUGUUCCUCCGGAGAAUCCAAUUUCUUCUUCAAAAGAUUCAGAAAAAUCCCUCUUCCAAAAGCUGGGUUUCUCUCAGAUUGGCCUCACGAACUCACUGCUUCGUUAAAGCAAGCUUCUUUCUCUCUCCUCCAUCGCCAAGAAGAGGAAGAGCUCCCAGCUGUUUUCGCCUUCUUGCCAAUGGUGGUCUGUCAAAUGGGUUUUCUGCGGCUAUGAGAACUUGCUUUCAAUUGGGUAUAGCUCAGAUUUUCAAUAUCUUGCUAUUUCUGGGAUAUUAUUGCGUUUUCGGAGAUAUUGAGCUCUUGGUUGAUUAUAUUUGUGAUUUUUGAGGAAUUUGGCUCUGCAAUCGGUUUAUUGCUGCAGAAAUUGAGGUUUUUGGGACUUGCGUAUUGAAGCCUAUUCACUGUUUUGUUCUUAUUCAGCAGUAGUAUCUUUGUUAUCUUCCGGAUUUUGGAUGCUGGGAAUUCUGUUCUGUUGAAUUGGGCAGCUAUUUUACUUCCACAAAUCUGUGGUUGUUAGUUCAAGUAUGCAUUUUCAUAACCGAUUGCGCCAAAACUAUAAAGGGUUUUUGAUACUUAAAUUGGAACAUUUCCCUCCCGCAAAGUUGGCAAAUUCUUGGUUUUGGGUUGUUGGUACUGAGAAUUGAAAGAGAGGAAAGUUUUCUUGGUGGAAUCUGGUUUAGGGAAGAUAUGGACUUGUGGGUUGUUGCAGCAGCUGCAGGCGCCGGAUAUUUGACUAAGUAUUGGCAGAACAUAUCGAAGAAUGGGGAUAAAGAUGGCUUGUUAAAUUUGCCUUUUGGGGAUGCAAAUCUUGACAAAUCUGAAUCCUCAAGGCAUCCUUUAGACAGACUAGGACGCAGAAAGAAAGUGGGUGAUGAUGUUUCUACUGAUAGAAAAAAGGCUUCGGAUGCUUACUUGUUAGAAAGUUCUUGUGGGACAGAAGUGGCUUCUACUAGUGGGUAUGAUGGUGAAAAGCUGGGAGACUUGGUUAAUUACAAGGAUUGCAAUGUACUUUCUUUAUCACACAUGUCACCGGUAUACUCUAGAAAUGAAAAUGAGAAUGGGGAUGGGACUUGGAUAAGUCAUGAUAUUGAUGACAGUACUGGUGCCACAUUGCCUAAAUCUUCGAGUGGGGAAGGGGGUUCUCAUCAUGUUCCUCUAAAAAACAAAAGUUCUGUUAGAACUAAGCGUUCGUAUGGGCAUGUGAUUAAGCCAGUAAAUUCCUUAGAGAGUUGCCUUAUGGCUCAGUUAUAUAAAGAGCGUGCUGAAGAGGAACAUGUGCUUACCCUUCCAUCGCCAUCUAGUCCAAGUAUGAGACCAUUGUUUGUGACUGAUGGAAACCGAAUUAUCAGCAAAGCAAGUGGAGAUCAUUUCAGGUCUCAGAUUGGGAUCGAGGAAAAUAAGCUGCAUAAGGAAGCCUAUUUGGAAACUAAUGAAAAUGCAUGUGGGGUUCCUCCACAACCAAAACUUGGUUAUUUGGAUCUGCCCAAGAAGAUGAAAAGUAAGACAGGAAAGGGGCGGCAUGGAAAAUUGAGCAGUGCCAGUAAAUUGGUCAAUGGAAAACACUUGCAUUCUGAAGGUUCACUGGAUGGAGCAGUUCUUCUUUGUCUUGGGAUUUCUAUUGGCAUAAUAUCUUCUUUGAUAGCAAAUAAAAGAGAAGUUGACAAGUUGAAAGAUUUGUUGAAGCAGACCGAGAACUUGGUUCAGGAUCUAGCGGAGGAACUCCAAAUGAAAGAUUCAGUAACAGUGAAGGAAAUAGCUAAUGAGAAUUAUGGUGCACAAGAUACUUGUGACAGCUCCGUUUUUGACAAGGCACCAAAUUCUUUUUCUACUGAACAGAAUAUGGACAAAUAUGAUGGUAAAAAUUCAUAUAACUGGAAAGCAGAAGAGAGUUCUGAGUCGAUGAGUAAAAUAGAGGCAGAGCUUGAAGCUGAACUUGAGAGGUUGGGGUUAAACAUGAACACUUCUAUUCCGGAGAGAAGAUCGAUUGAUGUUGCUGAGCUUGACCCAGACUUAAUGGCAGAUUUUGCUCAAGGCGAGCUGAGAGCUGACUUGGUUGGUGGGCUAUCUGUUGCCCAAUCCAUGUCAAAUGAAGAGGCAAGCAGCAUCUCUACGGAUUAUCACUGUGCAAACUAUGCAGUUUCUCCCAGAGAGCUUAGCUUGCGUCUGCAUGAAGUUAUCCAAUCAAGACUAGAAGAACGUGUCCAGGAACUUGAGGUGUCUCUACAAAACAGCCAAAGGAAGGUCAAACUCGCAGAGUUGAAGCACAAGGAUUCUUGGAGAGACUUCUCAGACAAUCACAUACAUUCCGGAAUCCAUGAGAUUACAAAUUCUGCAGAAACUUGCAAAACCACGGCAGAGCCUCUAGUCAUGAACUUAUCGGGAGAAGCUUUAGAUGCGUACAAUGAGGCUUACGAAGAGUUGAUGAAGAUUGGUGAAUCAGAUGAGGAGGAUUCACCUUGUCCGAUUUUUGAAACAUUCAGUGCUCAGAACCACAGUCAAACUCAAAGUGAACAGGUGAAUGGCUCUGUGGGGAAUUUUGCUUUCAGUAAAGAGGAAACCUUAGGUGAAGAUUCACCUUGUCAAGUUUUUGAAACAGUCAAGCGUCAAAGCCCCGGUCAAAUUCAAAGUGACGAGUUAGAUGGUUCUGUGAAUCAUUUUGAUUUCAGUAAAUCAUCUGUCAGUGGGGAGAACAGUGAUGAUUCCGAUGCUGAGAUGGAGAAACAGUUGAUAAGGCAGAUUGUGGAGAAGGCCAAGAAAGGUUCUCCGGUAGUCCUGCAUGCACAAAGGUGGUUCCGGUCAAUUGAUGAGAACGAGAGUUAAGUCGAAAACAGGAAUGAAGUUUUGCAGUGUAUAGAUUCAUAGAAAAUAUGAAAAUAUAGAAAGUGGUUAGGUAUUCAUUCUGUAGCUAAAGCUAAUACGCCAUUCGUUUGUAACGUCGAUGGUGUUUACCGAUUUCCGAAGCUUAUCGAGGCUUUUCGUUAUUUAAUCAUCAGAAACUGUUCUCCAAUAUUUUCAGUUUUGUGUACUCUCCUCCCCGUUUCUGCUUCCCAUUUCUGCCUCGCCUUCCUUGUUUCUGUUCCUUUUUCCCACUUUUAAGAGUGAAGUCAUAAACAAGUGCAUGGGGAGUUUCUUCCUUUAUUACGGGUUUUCGGACGAGCCAAUGCUCUAUUCUAAACUACUGUAAUACACGGAGAGGUGGUUGCAGUCGCCAGACGCAGAAAGCUGCAAAGGGAGUUUUAAACUUGAGUGCAAGAAUUCGCCACGCUAUUUUUCUAACCGUUGACACCCCGGACAGAAAUAAACAAGAGCUUGCAAAUUUCACUUUAGAUUUGACAAGGUCCUUCAACAAGAAGGGAUACAUUUCAAGAGGGAGAGAAUGAGUCAACAGUUAUUUCCACAAUUCAAGGUCCUUCAUUAACAAAGCACACAGAAAGGUGCAUGAAGUUUUGUGACAGGCAAAUACGGCAUAAAAUGUAAUAAAAUGGUUCAGAGAGACGGGGAAGGGAACAUGAGAAGGCUGUAACAUAAACAAAAAAAAUCUACUUGUAGCACUGCCGGAGAA